CCGCGGGCACUGCCGCGGAGUCUCGCCUCCUGCUCUUUGUGCGUAACGAGCUGCCGGGGCGCAUCGCGGUGCAAGACGACCUGGACAACACGGAGCUGCCCUUCUUCACCCUGGAGAUGUCUGGCACGGCAGCGGACAUCUCGCUGGUGCACUGGAGGCAGCAGUGGCUGGAGAACGGGACCUUGUAUUUCCACGUCUCCAUGAGCAGUGCCGGCCAGCUGGCCCGGGCCACGGCGCCCACGCUCCAGGAGCCCUCAGAGAUUGUAGAAGAGCAGAUGCACAUUCUGCACAUUUCUGUGAUGGGUGGACUCAUUGCGCUGCUGCUUCUGCUGCUGGUGUUCACGGUGGCGCUGUAUGCCCAGCGGCGCUGGCAGAAGCGUCGCCGCAUCCCCCAGAAGAGCGCAAGCACGGAAGCCACUCAUGAAAUCCACUACAUCCCGUCCGUGCUGCUGGGGCCCCAGGCCCGGGAGAGCUUCCGCUCCUCUCGGCUGCAGGCUCACAAUUCUGUCAUUGGAGUGCCCAUCCGGGAGACCCCCAUCCUGGAUGACUAUGACUACGAGGAGGAUGAGGACCUACCCCGGCGGGCCAACCACGUCUCCAGGGAGGAUGAGUUUGGCAGCCAGGUGACCCACACCCUGGACAGUCUGGGCCGGCCAGGGGAAGAGAAGGGGGACUUUGAGAAGAAAGCAGCAGCUGAGGCGACGCAGGAGACAGUGGAGUCCCUGAUGCAGAAGUUCAAGGAGAGUUUCCGCGCUAACACGCCCAUCGCGAUCGGUCAGCUGCAGCCAGCCCCGCGCAGGGCCUCAGCAGGGAAACGCAAGCGGAGGAGCAAGUCUCGAGGGGGAAUCAGCUUUGGGAGAACUAAGGGGACUUCGGGUUCAGAGGCAGAUGACGAAACGCAGCUGACGUUCUAUACGGAGCAGUACCGGAGUCGCCGCCGCAGCAAAGGUUUGCUAAAAAGCCCAGUGAACAAGACAGCCUUGACGCUGAUUGCUGUGAGCUCCUGCAUCCUGGCCAUGGUGUGUGGCAGUCAGAUGUCCUGUCCACUCACCGUGAAGGUGACUCUGCAUGUGCCUGAGCACUUCAUUGCAGACGGGAGCAGCUUUGUGGUGAGUGAAGGGAGCUACCUGGAUGUCUCAGACUGGCUAAACCCGGCCAAGCUGUCCCUGUAUUACCAGAUCAACGCCACCUCCCCGUGGGUGAGAGACCUCUGCGGACAGAGGACGACAGAUGCCUGUGAGCAACUCUGCGACCCAGAAACUGGAGAGUGCAGCUGUCAUGAAGGCUAUGCCCCCGACCCGGUUCACAGACACCUGUGUGUGCGCAGUGACUGGGGACAGAGUGAAGGACCUUGGCCUUACACUACACUCGAGAGGGGCUAUGACCUAGUAACAGGAGAACAAGCCCCUGAAAAGAUUCUCAGGUCUACUUUCAGCUUGGGCCAAGGACUGUGGCUUCCGGUCAGCAAAAGCUUUGUGGUUCCGCCUGUGGAGCUGUCCAUCAACCCUCUGGCCAGCUGCAAGACAGACGUGCUCGUCACGGAAGACCCUGCAGAUGUCAGGGAAGAAGCAAUGCUGUCCACAUACUUCGAAACCAUCAACGACCUGCUGUCCUCCUUUGGGCCAGUUCGGGACUGCUCUCGGAACAACGGGGGCUGCACUCGAAACUUCAAGUGCGUGUCUGACCGCCAGGUAGACUCCUCAGGAUGUGUGUGCCCCGAGGAGCUGAGGCCCAUGAAGGACGGCUCCGGAUGCUACGACCACUCCAAAGGUAUUGAUUGCUCGGACGGCUUCAACGGUGGCUGCGAGCAGCUGUGCCUGCAGCAGACGCUGCCUCUGCCCUAUGACGCCACCUCCAGCACCAUCUUCAUGUUCUGCGGGGAGAACAACUUCAUCAAGGACUUCCCUCAGCUGGCCGAUGGGCUGUUGGUGAUCCCGCUGCCGGUGGAGGAGCAGUGCCGGGGGGUCCUCUCCGAGCCCCUCCCAGACCUCCAGCUGCUCACUGGAGACAUCAGGUACGACGAGGCCAUGGGUUACCCUAUGGUGCAGCAAUGGCGGGUUCGAAGCAACCUCUACCGUGUGAAGCUCAGCACCAUCACCCUUUCAGCAGGCUUCACCAACGUCCUCAAGAUCCUGACCAGGGAGAGCAGUCGGGAGGAGCUGCUGUCCUUCAUCCAGCACUACGGCUCGCACUACAUCGCAGAGGCCCUGUACGGCUCCGAGCUCACCUGCAUCAUCCACUUCCCCAGCAAGAAGGUCCAGCAGCAGUUGUGGCUGCAGUAUCAGAAAGAGACCACAGAGCUGGGCAGCAAGAAGGAACUCAAGUCCAUGCCCUUCAUCACCUACCUCUCAGGUCUGCUGACGGCCCAAAUGCUGUCAGAUGACCAGCUCAUCUCAGGUGUGGAGAUCCGCUGUGAGGAGAAAGGCCGCUGUCCAUCUACCUGCCACCUUUGCCGCCGACCGGGCAAGGAGCAGCUGAGCCCCACACCAGUGCUGCUGGAAAUCAACCGUGUUGUACCACUAUACACCCUCAUCCAAGACAAUGGUACCAAGGAGGCCUUCAAGAGUGCACUGAUGAGCUCCUACUGGUGCUCGGGGAAAGGGGACGUGAUCGAUGACUGGUGCAGAUGCGACCUCAGCGCCUUUGAUGCCAGUGGGCUUCCCAACUGCAGCCCCCUCCCGCAGCCAGUGCUUCGUCUGUCCCCAACAGUGGAGCCCUCCAGCACAGUGGUCUCCUUGGAGUGGGCGGAUGUUCAGCCAGCUAUCGGGACCAAGGUCUCCGACUAUAUUCUGCAGCACAAGAAAGUGGAUGAAUACACAGACACGGACCUCUACACAGGAGAGUUCCUGAGUUUUGCCGAUGACUUACUCUCUGGCCUGGGCACAUCUUGUGUAGCAGCUGGUCGAAGCCAUGGAGAGGUUCCUGAAGUCAGUAUCUACUCCGUCAUCUUCAAGUGCCUGGAGCCCGACGGUCUCUACAAGUUCACUUUGUAUGCUGUGGACACACGAGGGAGGCACUCGGAGCUCAGCACAGUGACACUGAGGACAGCCUGUCCGCUGGUGGAUGACAACAAGGCAGAAGAGAUAGCAGACAAGAUCUACAAUCUGUACAAUGGGUACACAAGUGGAAAGGAGCAGCAGACUGCUUACAACACACUGAUGGAGGUCUCAGCCUCAAUGCUGUUCCGAGUCCAGCACCACUACAACUCCCACUACGAGAAGUUCGGCGACUUCGUCUGGAGGAGUGAGGAUGAGCUGGGGCCCAGGAAGGCCCACCUGAUCCUGCGGCGACUGGAGAGGGUGAGCAGCCACUGCUCCAGCCUCCUGCGAAGUGCUUACAUCCAGAGCCGCGUGGACACCGUGCCCUACCUUUUCUGCCGCAGCGAGGAGGUCCGGCCUGCGGGUAUGGUGUGGUACAGCAUCCUCAAGGACACCAAAAUCACGUGCGAGGAGAAGAUGGUGUCCAUGGCCCGAAACACGUAUGGGGAGUCCAAGGGCCGGUGAGGGAGGGUGCUGCCCUCCAUGAGCACAGAGACUCUCCGUGGGAGGGGGAGCAGUACUCUCAUGGAUCCUGGGGCCUGGGGGGGACUGGGGAACAGCUGAGGAUGGGCCUGGCGGAUGAGGCUUGCCAGCAAGGCCAAAGCAAACUCUUUCUCUUGUGGAUAGCCGACAGAGAACUUUGUAACCACUGGAAUUAUCCGUUUUUCUCUAUCUUUUAUUUUUUCUAAGAUAUUAUUUGGCUCUAUCAAAGUCUCUCCUUUUUAAACUUUUUUCUUAUGGAUGGUGGUCAGUCCCGAGGCAGGAGCUUUCAGGUGGAGACCAAGCGGCCUUUGAUCUUCUUCCUUCCUCCUGCCACACUCAGCUUCCUUCCUGCAACGGACCCUGGAGGAGACCUCUGGAGAGACAGUCUGACCUCUUCAGCAACAGGAAGGAGGCCCCGAGAAUUGGUGCAGUGAGGAAGCUUGGGUCUUUAUAAUUUUUUUUUCCAGACGUUAUUGAGUUUGCAGGACCCCUGCCUCUUCCUGCUACCUGUGGGUCUGCCCAGAGUCCCUGCAGGACUUUCCAUGCAUUAAAAAUUCUUAUUGUCUCUCUUUCUGCUUGGGGAGUGUUUCUUGCCACUGGGGGACCUCUGUUUAUUUACUCAACAGGUAUUUAUUGAUUACCUACUAUAUGCCAGGCACUGGAUGUGCAACUAAAGAGUGAGAAGCUCCCGGCUCUCAGGGAACUUAGAGUCGAUGAAAAUUGUAGAGAAGCAGUUCAGUGACUUCAGGCUAGAGCAGGGGAAGAAUGGAGGUUAUUUAAACUCAUUGU